AAGGAAAGGAUUUUCUUUUGUGUCGCCAUCGCCACUCGAAAAAUUGAAAGAAUUUUAUCUUAAUUACACAAAAUAACAGCGGAAGUGCUAACUACGCGAUGGCCCAAAACAAAACGGACCUUAUGGCCGUUUUGGCUGUUCUGAAAAAGUACAACUUAAAGGGAGCUGAAGAUGUUCUUAAAAAAGAAGCCGGCCUUUCGGAUGUUCCGGAAAAUGCCGCCGGCGAAGCGGAUGUUAACAGCGUGCUGGCAGCGUAUAAAAGUGAAGGAGAUCCAGAUAUUUAUGAACAAUCAUAUAUGGAGCUGCGCAGGUUUGUGGAGGAAUCGCUGGACAUCUACCGACACGAAUUAGCUCUGAUAUUGUACCCGGUACUGGUACACAUGUACAUUGAAUUGCUGUACAAUGGUCAUGAAGAGCAGGCGAAAAAAUUAAUAACCAAAUUCGGUCCAGAGCAGGAGUAUUACUAUCAGGAUGAGCUAACGAAAUUAGCCAUGGUGACCAAGAGAGAUCAAAUGAGCGGGAACGAUUUGACUGAUACUUUUAAAUCAAAUGCAUUUACUAUCCGUAUUUCGCGAGAUACACUGUCGUUGCUGAAACGACAUUUACACGAGAAGAAAGCUUCCGUCAUAUUGAACAUCGUUAAUGAGCACUUGUUUUUUGAUCUGUACGAAGGUGUGGCUCGUAACAAGGCACAAUGUGAUGCCACUUCCGGAGCGAUGAUUGGUGAAGCGAAACGUCUGGAUAAUAAAGUUAAGGUAUACUAUGGAUUGUUGAAGGAACCGGAUGUUCAGACGUUAGUUCAGGCUCCGCCUGAGGAAGACGAUGAUAUGGAUCCAGAUGCACCGGAUAAGCCUAAAAAGAAAAAACCUAAAAAGGAUCCAUUGUUUUCGAAGAAGUCGAAAUCAGACCCGAACGCACCAGCAUUGGAUCGAAUCCCACUUCCAAAGCUUAAGGAUGUUGAUAAGGUGGAAAAAAUUAAAUCCCUACGAGAGGCCUCAAAACGGGUUAACUUGGGACCGGAUUGCUUACCGUCCGUUUGUAUGUAUACGAUGUUGAAUGCAAACUACACUGUGACAUGUGCGGAAAUUUGUGAAGACUCCAGCUUGAUUUCGAUAGGGUUUUCCGAUUCUUCCAUAAAAGUUUGGUCCCUUUCGCCGGUCAAACUACGUGAAAUGAAGACUGCCGAUCAACUGAAAGAGAUAGAUCGUGAUGCGGAUGAUGUUUUGAUUCGUAUGCUGGAUGAUCGGAAAGCGGAAACCAGUCGCGUACUGCACGGUCAUAGUGGCCCGGUGUUUCGUUGCGCAUUUUCACCGGACAGAACCAUGCUGCUGUCCUGUUCAGAAGAUUGCACUAUUCGACUAUGGUCGCUGCACACCUGGACCUGUGUGGUGGUGUACAAAGGACAUCAGUUUCCCGUUUGGGAUGUACGCUUCUCACCACAUGGGCACUAUUUUCUGAGCUGCUCGCACGACAAAACGGCUCGCCUUUGGGCGACGGACUCUCACCAACCGCUACGCGUAUUCGCAGGUCAUUUGUCGGACGUUGAUGUUUGCAUCUUUCAUCCAAAUUCAAAUUACGUCGCCACCGGUUCAAGCGACCGAACCGUACGCCUGUGGGAUGUUUGCGUCGGCAAUCAUUUGCGACUUAUGACGGGCCAUAAGGCUCCCAUCUACUCGCUGGCAUUCUCGAUGUGCGGUCGCUAUUUGGCUUCCGGUUCUGCCGAUUGUCGCAUUCUGGUUUGGGAUCUAGCCCAUGGGCACCUAAUCGCAGCGCUUUGUGGCCAUUCGGCUUCGAUCCACUCGCUCUGUUUUAGCCGUGAUGGUACGGUGCUCGCAACUGGUGGACUGGACUGCUGUCUGAAGCUUUGGGACUUUAGCAAAUUGUGCGAAGAUAUCAGCGGCGAAAAUGUUAACGUUUCGCACAACCCAGAUGUACGGGACGGAGAACCGUACCUGUUGCGUUCGUUCCCGACGAAGCAGACGCCGUUUUUGACGCUGCAUUUUACUCGGAGGAAUUUACUCCUCGGCGUCGGCAUGUUCGAAGGAUCCGUCUAGUAUGGUAAGCUUGAUUAAAAACUUUUUUAUAA